UUGUGCUGACAGUUUGUCGAUAUAUCGAACAAAAAAAAAUUCAUCGGAAUUUCUUGUUCAGCUUUUAGCUGUUUACCCUAAGAAAAUUGCAAUAAAAGUGAUAAAUUCUUAUUGAAACAACGAUUUAGAGUUGUGCAAGUUAAAUUGAUAGUUGUUAAGUGAUGGCGCAAACGAUAGAUGUGGCCUGCGUCAAGGAGGAGCAGUGUGAGGCCAUUUGUAAUAUGUUCAAGAAUCAGGAUUGGCAAUUGACGAUGCGACACAGAGAUUUGGGCCUGGUCAAGAUCGAGCAGGACAUGAGUUUUGUGUGGCAAAGCAGCGCCAAUGCCAGCAGCACUGACAAUAAACAGCGGCAAGCAGCAGAGAAACAAACAGUAAAAAAAUUUCAGACCGGCAGCGAAAAGCCCUUCAAGUGCGCCCACUGUCCCAAGGAUUUCGCAACGAGCAGCAAUCUCAAGGUGCAUCUCACACGCACACACUCUGACGAUCGCGAGCGACCCUUCCUCUGUCCCACCUGUCCGAAAUCGUUUGCGACGAAUGACAACCUGCAGAAGCACAUACGCAGGCAUUCGAACGAGAGGACACUCAGCUGCCCACACUGCCCGAAGCUCUUUGCUACCAAGGACAACCUGCAGAAGCACAUCCGUCGACACUCCAGCGAAAGGACGCUCAUUUGCCCGCACUGUCCCAAGGCCUUUGCCACCAAUGACAAUCUACAGAAGCACAUCCGUCGCCACUCGAGCGAGAGAACCCUCAAUUGUCCGCACUGCCCGAAGGCGUUCGCAACCAACGAUAAUUUGCAGCGACACAUACGCGGACACACGGGCGAACGGCCAUUCAAGUGCCCCUAUUGCCCCAAGCCCUUCGCUCAAAAUCGUGAUCUCAAAGCGCACAUCCUGGAGCACACGGGCGAGAAGCCCUACAAGUGCCCCCACUGCCCCAAGGCGUGCGUGCGCAGCGAGGGCUUGAAGAAGCACAUUCUGCGCCUGCACAAAGACAUUGACCCAGAGCCGACGCAGACGACAGCCAAGCAUUGGCAAACGGACAAAACUUUUGCUGCGGGCGCGAACGGACGCGUCUUCAUGUACAAAUACGAUCUGAGCAAACAAACACGAGUGCCCCCAGGCGAGGCGUAAGAGCGCCGUAGACCGAACCAUCUCUUGCUCCACACAAUGGAGCGACAACUAUUUGAAGCGAACUAGAGAACUAUUGCCAGGAGCAAACGAAAAACCUCAUCGCCAGCUUGGAAAAUGGGAGUAACUAGAGCGCAGACUUGGCAAAAUUAAUAUAAAAACUAAACAUUUACCAUGUAGCUUUUAUAGCCAGCGAGAUCGAACAUAUUUAGUGCUAUGAAUUCAUUUUGUUUUAUAUAUAUACGAUAUAUAUAUAUGUAUGCAUAUACCACGACUUCAUUAUGGGCUCAUGCAAUAGUUUCGUUUAUUUUAUUUUGCAAAAAUAAAAUGCAUUUUAUAUGCUACACAUACAAAUAUGCAAAAUUUAUGUUAUAUUAUUAUUAGAGAGCAUAAGCUCAAUUUAAUUUAAGCAGCCAUUUUUAUUAAACUACUAUUAAUAAUUAUCUUUUAGAAGUGUUAAACUAGAAAUUUUAUUUUAUUUCAUAAGUUUUGGAAAAAGUGACCAAAAAACAACUAAACCUAUAUAUCAAAAUGGA